AUGGGAACAAUGAAUUGUCGGCAGGGGCAACAUGCCCGGGUGGUUGCUCCUCAUAAGGGUGGCAACAUCCAGGGUCCCUGGGUCCAAGGCUGGAAGAGCCUCUGGUCAGGUGUGGGGACCACCAGGUCAGGCCUGGAAGAACGGUGGGGACUACCAGGGCAUCAGUGCCAGCACCAGGAGCCCCUGGAGCCAGCUCCACUGCUAGUAGAGAAGCCUCUGUCUGAGUGGCCAGUGCCUCAGUUCAUCAACCUCUUUCUGCCGGAGUUUCCCAUUAGGCCCCCUAGGGGGCAUCAGCAGCUAAAGAUUUUAGGCCUUGUGGCUAAAGGCUCCUUUGGAAUUGUCUUCAAGGUACUAGACUGUGGCCGGAAAUCAGUGUUUGCAGUGAAGGUGGUGCCCAAGGUCAAGGUCCUCCAGAAGGACAUCCUGAGGCAGUGCAAAGAGGAGGUUAGCAUCCAGCGGCAGAUCAAUCAUCCUUUUGUACAUGGUUUGGGAGACAGCUGGCAGGGAAAACGGCAUCUCUUCAUUAUGUGCAGCUACUGUAGCACAGAUCUCUACUCCCUGUGGUCCGCUGUUGGCUGCUUUGCUGAGGCUCCCAUCCGCCUCUUUGCUGCUGAGCUGGUCCUGGUGCUGUGCUAUCUCCAUGACUUGGGCAUCAUCCAUCGAGAUGUGAAGAUGGAGAAUAUCCUUCUGGAUAAACGAGGUCACCUGAAACUGACAGACUUUGGUCUGUCCCGCCACCUGUCCCAGGGAGCUCGAGCCUAUACUAUUUGUGGCACUCUUCAAUACAUGGCCCCAGAGGUCCUGAGUGGAGGGCCUUACAACCAUGCUGCUGACUGGUGGUCCCUGGGUGUCUUACUUUUCUCUCUGGCAACUGGAAAGUUCCCAGUGGCUGCAGAGAGAGAUCAUGUGGCCAUGUUGGCAAGUGUGACUCACUAUGACUCUGAGAUCCCAGCUUCUCUUAACCAGGGGCUCUCACUUCUGCUCCAUGAGCUCUUAUGCCAGAAUCCCCUCCAGCGGCUACGUCAUUUGCAUCACUUCCAGGUCCACCCUUUCUUUCGGGGUGUGGCCUUUGACCCAGAGCUCCUACAGAAGCAACCAGUGAACUUUGUCUUGGAGACACAAGCUGGCCAGCGUAGUUCAUCAGAGUCAUUGCUGUUCAAGGAUUUUGACUGUAACCUGGAGUCCUACCUGGUCUACCCCGGCCUUGCCUGAGCCCCUCUACUAUAGAUUCGGGCCCUCUGGGAACCUGAGGAUCUCCUCCACUGCCAACUCAGUAUGACCACCUUGAUGAUCUAGCUUGUUUUCAGUUUGUAGCCUCUUAAGAUUCUGUUCUUCUACGCAUUGUACCAGAGUUUAAAUCUUGGGCAUUCUGCUACUGGCAGCCACAAUUGGCCUCAGCCCUUCCCCUAUUAUACAACCCAUCUCUCAAUUCAACAUUUCAGAUCAGAGUGUUGAUCUUUUCCUCUGCUUCAUUUCUCCAGUGCUCAUACCCUAAAGCUUUUAGCCAGAGCUUAUUUCACUUUUACCCCUCCUUGUUUCUGCAACAUGUUUCCUUUUUUGAGCAA